AUGGGCCUUGCUGGUCCGGGUUUUCCUACCUACACCCCAUCACCUCGUACUCCCGAAUUAGUGGCAAACGCGGAAGUGCAUGAAUCGAUAUUGCCACAGCUACGGGCCGAUCCGCUAGCGGUGGGAGCAGAGCCCCAACUGGAAGGGCAAGCCGGACUAUUACGAGCUAUCCCGGGCUAUGUAGACGACCAGUUCACUAACGCCUUCCUAGUCAAUUGGACAGCCAGGUUUCCUGUGCGUGAGACAUACGCGGAAUGGGAGACUGCGGGCUGUCGUAGACUGCUCCAACGUGUGUCAGAACCGAGACACAAGCUUCGAACCGCUUUGACCUAUCUGGAAAACAAUACGGACGUCACUAUCGUUGCUGUAGGGCAUGUGAAGGGCAAUACCAACUUUGUGGAGACACAGAUACAACGAGGCGUAUGGAGCGGGGUGAUGACUCAUCCUUCACUAGAGUGGUUUCAAGUCUGGAAUGCCCGGUUGAAUAGCACAGAAACUGUCACUUUAGCGCCGCCGGCAGAGGGCCAUACGGAACGAGAUGCAACACAAGGCCAGGACAUCCCUACAACCGAUUUUAAGACUGUUAACAGCAAUCAUACAAGUCGAUGUCAAGUUGGCGUGAUGAGGGUACACAAUGCGGUGGUAGAUACGCGUGCGGGGAGAACCGUCGCCGUACCGCAGGCGAGCGCUCCCAAUCCGUCCCUAGUACGAGGUAAGUUGCAGAGGAAAAGUGCGGCGCAAAGUGAGCCCAAGAUAGUGGGAGACCGGAAGGUCAAAACCACUACGCUUGGUCACAUCAUUAAGCAGUUCAUGCAGGAGCAUACCUUGCGUACCGAAGCGAUGGGCAUUUCGAUGGAGAAUGAGAAUGGGAACGAUAAAAUCCUACAGGUACCCGAGGGCGAACCAGAGGAAGAUAGUAGAGUCGCUUCAGAGAGUGUGUACCAACCUGGGAGCUAUGGUCAGGGUGUAGAAAGGGGUAGACUGACCAUCCUUGCUCUUCAUAUGCAAGGAUCGCCUAAAGCUAACAUGAAGUACUUUCUGCAGUGGAAAGAGCUUUCUGCGGUAAAACCACAAGUGAUUGCGAUUGACUGGCACAAAAUGGGCGAAGAUGUGAAGUGCGAGGUGGUGAAGCACCUACUUGCACACGGUUACAGUGACAUGGAUGUCACCAGCACUGACUUCUGGGCUGUACAUGACGAUGUAGACUUGGUGGCGAUGUCAGAUACACAACCAUCUGAGGGCUGA